CCCUGCUUUAGCCUUUGAAAAUUCAUGUCAUUGCUUUUAACUUCGAAUCGAAUCUCCACAGGGAUAGGACGAAAAUGCGUUUGUUAAAGGAGGAAAUUGCCCAGUUUCACGAGCAGUCACUGGAGAAGUACGAUGGACUGGAUCCGCAUGAUCUGUAUGUACUGUACAAGAAGCUUCAAAUGGAGCUGGAGCUCAUCCAGGUGCAGGAGGAUUAUAUCAAGGAGGAGCAACGCAACCUGAAGAAGGAGUUCAUACACGCCCAGGAGGAAGUGAAGCGCAUAAAGGCCGUGCCAUUGGUCAUUGGUCAGUUUCUGGAGGCAGUGGAUGAAAACAACGGCAUAGUGGCCUCCACCACCGGCUCCAAUUACUACGUUCGAGUGCUAUCCACCAUUGACAGGGAGCAACUGAAGCCGUCCUCUUCGGUUGGGCUGCACAAGCAGAGCAAUUGUCUGGUCGAUCUGGUGCCACCGGAGGCGGAUAGCACCAUAUCGAUGCUAUCACCGGAUGAGAAACCGGAUAUUAGCUACUCGGACAUUGGUGGCCUGGAUAUCCAGAAACAGGAGGUACGCGAGGCUGUCGAGCUGCCCUUGACCCACGCCCAGUUGUACAAGCAGAUUGGCAUUGAUCCCCCGCGCGGCGUCCUCCUUUUUGGACCACCUGGAUGUGGCAAAACCAUGCUGGCCAAGGCGGUGGCCCAUCAUACAACUGCAUCCUUUAUUCGUGUCGUGGGCUCCGAGUUCGUCCAGAAAUACCUAGGCGAGGGGCCGCGCAUGGUGCGAGAUCUUUUCCGCCUGGCCAAGCAGAAUUCUCCUUCAAUUAUCUUCAUUGAUGAAAUCGACGCGAUUGCCACCAAGCGUUUCGAUGCACAGACAGGUGCGGAUCGCGAGGUGCAGCGCAUUCUGCUGGAACUACUCAACCAAAUGGAUGGCUUUGAUGAGACCACCAACAUUAAAGUUAUCAUGGCCACCAAUCGUGCAGAUACCUUAGAUCCGGCUCUAUUACGACCCGGCCGUUUGGAUCGGAAAAUUGAGUUACCAUUGCCGGAUCGUCGCCAGAAGCGCUUAGUUUUUAGCACAAUCACCUCGAAAAUGAAUGUUGGAGAGGAUGUGGACCUAGAGGACAUCAUUGCACGUCCGGACAAGAUCUCCAAUGCGGAUAUUAAUGCCAUUUGCCAAGAGGCUGGAAUGCAUGCAGUGCGCGAGAAUCGCUAUGUGGUCAACGCCAAGGAUUUCGAAAAGGGUUAUAAGACCAGCGUGCGCAAGGACGAAGCUCAGCAUGAGUUCUAUAGCUAGAUGAUUAAUUUCAAAUUCAAUCUGAUUAUGUAAACUUGUAGUAUUUAACUAAGCCAAUCCCGAGUUUACCAAAAUCCUGAAACUUCUAAAUAUAUUGGUCAAUACUGGUGGUUUAAAUAAAA